CUUGUUCCGACCUCGACGCGCCCACGGAUGUUGCCUGCCGCCGUUGUUACCGUCACCGCCGCCGUCGCCGCCACUGGUCGCCUCUGAAUGGAUCAACAUGGAUCGAGCUCAGCCACGCCACCCAUAGCUGAUGCCCAUGCCGCCAGACAGGAUGCCCUCAAACAGCUUGCCGACGUUGGUACUGGCACCGCCGAUGCCUCAGUAUGGUCGCAGCUGCUGAGCAACCCCUUCUUCACCGCAGGUUUUGGCCUUGCUGGUCUGGGAGCCGCUCUGAGAUAUGGAUCGCAAGGCCUGAGGAGAGCCGGCGACGUGCUGCGGCAUCGUAUGCUGGUGGACCUCGAAAUCACAAGACAUGACAAGUCGUAUCCGUGGGUCCUGGACUGGAUGACGAGCCAUUAUCAGAACCAACUUGCUCUCCCGCCCAAUGGCAAACAAUCGGGUGCGCUGGAACGACUCAUUCAACGUUUCACCCCGGGACUGCACCAUCUCCAAAUCAACACGGAUGUCAUCAAGACUGCGGGCGGCUCAGUGCAGACCGCCUUCGCCUUGGUUCCAGGACACGGCAGGCACAUCCUGCGCUACAAGAAUGCUUUCAUCGCUGUGAACCGGGAGCGUGUCGGCCGGAGCUUCGACAACACCGGUCAGCCAUUCGAGACGGUCAAGCUGACUACUCUGUAUGCCUAUCGCCAUAUCUUUGAGGAUAUAUUCCGCGAAGCACAGGCAAUGGCAAUGCAGAGGACCGAAGGCAAGACUGUCGUCUACACCACUCGUAACAUGGGCUGGGAGGAAUCUGGUCAGCCCAAGCGGCGGCGGCCCUUCGAUUCCGUCGUCUUGGAAGAGGGACUAUCUGAACGCAUCCUGAAUGAUGUGCAGGAGUUCUUGCAUGCUCGCACAUGGUACCUUGAUCGUGGCAUUCCAUAUCGCCGAGGUUAUCUUCUAUAUGGCCCGCCAGGUACUGGCAAAACUUCAUUUGUCCAAGCCCUUGCAGGUAAACUGGACUUCAACAUCGCCAUGCUGAGUCUCAGCCAGCGUGGUCUUACCGAUGACAAGUUGAAUCAUCUCCUUUUGAACGUUCCUGCUCGCACUUUGGUCCUGCUCGAAGAUGCAGAUGCCGCGUUUGCGAAUCGUCGACAAGUGGAGGGAGACGGCUAUACUGGCGCAAAUGUCACGUACUCAGGACUUCUGAACGCUCUGGAUGGCGUGGCCAGUGCCGAAGAGCGAAUUAUUCUGAUGACGACCAACCACAUCGAUCGUCUGGACGAUGCUCUGAUCAGACCUGGGAGAGUUGACAUGACUCUUCAUCUCGGUCAUGCCACUGAGUGGCAGAUGGCGAGAUUAUGGGAUCGAUUCUAUGCUGACAAGGAUCCGGAUGGUGUGGCGCGGACAAGAUUCCUACAAAAGUCGAAGAGCUUAGAUCUGAUUGGCAAUGUCAGCACUGCUGCGUUGCAAGGCCUAUUCCUGUACAAUAAGGACGACGUGGAAGGUGCAAUCUCGCUCCUCGAUCAGCUCGCGGUGCUCCGACCUGGUCAACAGUCUGCUGCUGCAGCAGCAGCAGAAGGAUGAGUUACCUGCCUAUCUUGUCACUAUUACUACAUGUAUCUUGACUACGCAAUGAUGUCGUUGCGCAUACUGCAAGAGCAUAUGCUUCAUGCAAGGUGAGAGUGUGAUGACACAGCAGCUCUGGAGUGCAUGUAGUUCAUACCAUGAGACAGGCAAUGUACAAUGUGUACAGUGUCUUCAGGUAAAAUCACAUUGUUACCUAC